UUUUUCCUUCUUAAUUUCCACCCUUCUUUUUUCUCUCUCACUUUCAAUCUCACUAAAUUUGAAGACAACAAGAAUAAAGUAGAAGCUCCCACUCCUUUCCACCAAUGGAGAAAGUAGAAAGUUCGAUUCCCACGACUGAAGAAGAACCGGCGGCGGCGAUGGCGGCGAUGACGGCUCACCAUUUAACGGUUCCGCCCGGUUUGACCCCGGAGGAGUUCGAGUUUCUGAAGCCAGCGGUGAUCGAGCACCACAACUACCGGAUCGAGUCAGGCCAGUGCUCCUCCCUACUCGCGCAGUCCGUCCACGCGCCGCCGAAGGAGGUGUGGUCGAUCCUCCGCCGGUUCGACAAGCCGCAGACGUACAAGCACUUCAUCAAGAGCUGCAGCGUGAGGGACGGCUUCGCGAUGGAGGUCGGCGAUCUGAGGGACGUGAGCGUGAUAUCCGGUCUGCCGGCGGCGACGAGCACCGAGAGGCUCGACGCGCUGGACGACGAGCGGCGCGUGACGGGGUUCAGCAUCGUCGGAGGGGACCACAGGCUGAGGAAUUACAGGUCGGUGACCACCGUGCACGAGGUGGAGCGACGUGAGGUCGGGAUCUGCUCCGUCGUGAUGGAGUCAUACGUCGUGGAUGUGCCGGAGGGGAACACGGAGGAGGACACGCGCCUCUUUGCUGAUACGGUUGUCAAGCUCAAUCUGCAGAAGCUGGCUUCAGUCGCCGAAGCCAGCGCGUGUGAUUAACGUACAGGUAAUUAAUCGAUUAAUUACUUUGCACACGCUCAAAAAAUUAGAACUGCCAAAAAUGUUUUAAAAAAAAAGGAAUUUUUUUUUUUUUUGUUUUUUUUGUUUUUUUUUUUGUUUUGAAAUUGUAUUUUGUUGGUUGUGGUUAAUUUGUAAAGGGGGCUGGGUAUAAAGUUGUGUGAAUAUUUUUAUUUUGGCUCAACUACUAUAAGAUGUGUAUUGGAAAAUUCACUUCGUAAUCUGGAAUUAUUCAAUCUAAACAAACCCCAAUUCAGGUGUAGUUAUAUGUAAAAUUUUCUAGUCUUUCGAAUUAUUUUAACAAUAAAUUUGAUUUUUUUUUUUCUGUUU